UUCUCUCUCUUCCCCCUCUCUCUCUGUACAUUCCCCUUUUUUCUUUUUUGGUAAAGACAAAACGUAAAGCCAGAAAGAAGGGGAGGGGAGGACGACGAUUAGUUUCAACUCUUGACCAUGGGUGGUGAGGGGGUAAGUGCACCAUCACUUGAGUUAUAACCCCACUUAACCCCCUACAUUCUUCUCUAAAGGGUUAUAGGUAGAGGUAUAUAUAUAUCUUCAGGGUUUGAGCGCCUUGUGGUAUAUGUAAGUGCUUGACUCUACAAAUCCUUUGGCGGUCUCAAAUCACUUGCCAAGGUAUAUCAAUCAAGAUGUCUGCACCUGAUGCUGAGCGACGCCUUGCAGAAAACUCCGAGGAUGAGAAGAAAACAAAGCUUGGGUCUUUUAAAAAGGCAAUUUCAAAUUCUUUCAAUAAGGGUCGCAGGAACAGUAAAGUAAUGUCUUUCCCUUUGGAUGACAUUGAUGCCGAGGAGUUGAAGUCAGCCGAAGAAUUUCGGCAAACACUUAUUGCGGAAGACCUGCUACCUUCAAAGCAUGAUGAUAUUCAUAUGAUACUAAGAUUUUUAAGGGCCAGGAAAUUCGACCCUGAGAAAACGAAGCAAAUGUGGACUGAUAUGCUCCAGUGGAGGAAGGAAUUUGGUGCUGACACUAUUAUGCAGGACUUCGAGUUCAAGGAAAUUGAUGAAGUCUUGAAAUAUUACCCACAAGGGCAUCAUGGAGUUGAUAAGGAUGGACGCCCUGUCUAUAUUGAGAAACUUGGUAAAGUAGACUCCAACAAGCUGUUGCAAGUGACACAAAUGGACAGAUAUGUAAAGUACCAUGUACGGGAGUUUGAGAGGACCUUUGUGCAUAAAUUUCCUGCCUGUUCCAUUAAGGCGAAGAAGCACAUUGAUCAGAGCACUACCAUUUUGGAUGUACAAGGGGUGGGACUGACAAGUUUGAACAAAUCUGCAAGGGAACUCAUCCAAUGCCUUCAAAAAGUUGAUGGUGACAAUUAUCCUGAGACCCUGAAUCGUAUGUUCAUCAUCAAUGCUGGUUCUGGAUUUAGGCUCUUAUGGAAUACUGUGAAAUCUUUCCUUGACCCCAAGACCACUGCAAAAAUCAAUGUACUGGGAGGCAGUUACCAAAGUAAGUUGCUUGAAAUAAUUGAAGCUAGCGAGCUGCCAGAGUUUUUGGGAGGUACUUGUAAAUGUGCUGAUAAGGGAGGCUGUAUGCUUUCUGAUAAGGGCCCAUGGAAUGAUCCAGAAAUAAUGAAGAUGGUGCACAGUUAUGCUGAGGAGCGUGAGGCUGAUGCCAAAUCUUCUAGCAAAACUACAUCCGGCAAUGUGGAUUCAAGCAAUAAGGAGUCUAUCAAGGAGUCGGGAAAAACUGAGUCAGACAGGAUGGAUGCGGAAGCAGGCAUGAAGGAAUCAGGCAAAACGGAGUCUGCCAAAACAGAGUCAGGCAAGGAGUCAGGAAAAAAGGAGUCUGGGAUAAAGGAGUCAGGCAAGAUGGAGGUGAAGGUUCAUGAAGAAGAAAAGUCAAUCUCUGAACAUGUGAAGGCUCACCCUUACACAGAUCGAUCUGAUUCAGUCUGCUCAGAGGCUUUUUUGGAGGCUAAUGACAUGCAUAUAGAUCAUCUAUCUCCUGUGCCAGAAGAACUUUCAACUCCCAUGGGAAGUGAAAAAGAGGAAAAGCUUAGAGCUGCUCUCACUGCCUUAGAACAACAGCUGUCUGCAACCAAGCAGAUGGUUGACAAGGCUGAGGUUGAGAAAGAGGAAAAGCUGAAGGCUGCUCUAGGUCGUGUCAACGCCUUGGAAAAAGAGCUAACAGAAACCAAGAAGGCACUUGAUGAAGCUCGUAUUAAACAAGAGGAGCUUCUAGCCUCUGUUGGGAAGGAAAAGAAGUUUAGCCUGUUCUGUUGGUGAGGCGCACCAUAUAAACAUAUAUGUAGUAUAUGGUGGAUUAAUGGCUCAGGCUUGAGUGGUUCUCAUGAGGCUGAAGUGGAAAUACUGUUUGGCUAUCUCUCUUUGGGCUCCUUUCGGAUGAGAGAAUUAUCACUUGCAUAUAGAAGAAAGAUUCAGGAAGCUAGACAUAGAUGUUAUACGAGGAAUACCAAAGUAGCAACAAAAACGACAAUCCAAAUAUGCCGACUCCUAACAGAAGCUGGAGCCUCCUCCUGGGUAAACGUUUUGAAGUGCAAUGUAUAUCGAAGUAGCUUUUAAGAAGGAAAACAUGCGCCUAGGGGUUGGAAAUACUUACUAGAGAUCAAUGGGCGAUAUGUGCAAUACUGAUGCAAGGUCAAGAUGAGCUACUUCAUGCAUACAUUUUGCAAUGAUAUCUUGAUCGAGGAUUAAUUUGGAUCUUAGUCAUAGGGUGAUUGACUUGCUGAUGCCAAGAUGAGGGCUCUAUGGCUUCAGGAGGGAUUUAGUUUUAUUUGGUUUGCAAUUGUAUGUGAUAUGGAGAAAUUGCAAGUGAUGCUUCUGCAAUUGUAACAUCGUAAGCUUAAACAGAAUCAGUUUUGAGAAAAAGAAAAUAAAUCAGUA